CAACUUUUCCGAAAACUAAAUAUUGUAAUAUCUUUAAUUAGCGGGAAACUUGGAAUUUCCAGGUUUCUGAAUGUGUGAGUUCCUGAUUUAACUGAAAUUACUGAAAUUUAAAAAAGCUUGGUUCAAAUUUCGCGCCACAACUCGAUCGAUAGGCAACACUAAAUACCGAUUUGAAUCACAUUUCGUCUAAGUUUUCGCAAAAUAACAAUGAAAUAAACCGCAAAAAUGCCACGAAAUUGAAUUUUCUCUUGAAAAUCGCCUCUUUGAAAAUGAAAUUUUCACAUAACCUCAACUUUCUUAAAACUAAAUAUUUACCUUUAAUAUCUUUAAUUAACGGGUCACUGACUGACAUUGUUAUCUUCAAGUCCUAUCAUUCAGUUAUUUUCGAAUAAUUUUAUCAAUUAUCACGACAAACACACGUCGUUGAACAUUUUCAGUGACUUUUCCGCACCUACCCGUCAAAUUUUCUAAAAUUUUCCGCACGAAAUGGCCGAAAACAUCCCCGAAAUCGCGCAAGUAAUAAAAGACGCAAAAGCCGCCUUUAAAACCGAAUUCAAACAAGAGGCGGUAAUCGUCGUUUUCGCCCCCGGAAGAGUGAACCUAAUCGGGGAACAUAUCGAUUACAACGAUGGCUUCGUCAUGCCCAUGGCCUUACCCUUGGUAACAGUAAUAGUCGGAAAAAAAAUAACCGGUGAGGAGAGCACAAUUAUCACCACCAACCCCGAUGCGGACCCCCCGAAAAAAACCACCAUUGAGAUGCCCAACAAGAACGCGUUAGUCAAAACCAUCCCGCCGGGGCCCCCCAAAUGGUCGAAUUACGUCAAAGGGGUGAUUUCGAACUUUGUGGGGGAAACCCCGCCCGCGUUUAACGCACUUAUCGCCAGUACGGUGCCCACAGGGGGCGGAUUAUCCAGUAGUGCGGCGCUCGAAGUGGCAACUUACACUUUUCUUGACGCUUUGGUUGGUCCUAGUGCCGUAAUGCCCACGGAUAAAGCGCUGGCGUGUCAAAAAGCCGAACAUGACUACGCUAAUGUCCCUUGUGGUAUAAUGGACCAGUUUAUUUCAGUUUUGGGGAAAAAAGACAACGCGCUUUUGAUCGAUUGUCGAAAUAUGACUUCAACUUUGAUUCCGUUUACUGAUCCAAAUGUCGUUGUUUUAAUCACAAAUUCGAACGUUAAACACGAAUUGACGGGAAGUGAGUACACCUCAAGGCGGACUCAGUGUCAACAAGCCGCACUUUUACUCAAAAAAUUGAGUUUGAGGGACGCCAAACUCGACGAUAUUGAAUACUUGAAAUCGAUAAACGCCUCCCAGGAGACAAUCAAAAGGGCCCGACAUGCCGUCACUGAAAUACAAAGGACGCAAGAAGCGGCCGAAGCCCUCAAAAAGAAGGAUUUUCAAAAAUUUGGCGACUUGAUGGUGGCGAGUCACAAUUCCCUAAGGGACGAUUUCGAAGUCUCAUGUGAGGAAUUGGACCAGUUGGUUAAACUAGCAAUGGAGGUUAAGGGGGUGUACGGGAGUAGGAUGACGGGGGGCGGAUUUGGGGGCUGUACUGUGACACUUGUACAAAAAUCGGCCGUGAAUGAUGCCAUUGCCCACAUCAAGAAGGGCUACAGCGGAAAGCCCACUUUCUACAUCUGCAAACCGAGUGAUGGGGCGCAAAUCGUGGCCAAAUGAAAUAUCGAUAAUCACAAACUGUAUUAUUACAAUUAUUAAUAAAUUUUAUGCACAGUU